CUUGGAUUUAUACAACAUGGGCCUCAAAAUUACAGAAGCUUUGCUGAAUGAUAGCUCGGUGUUGGAACUAGUGCAAUCAAAUCAGACCUUUGAUGCUGUGAUUGCUGAGGUAUUUCUGAACGAAGCUCAGUUGGGACUGGCCGAGCACUUCAAGGCUCCGCUCAUAGCUUUGAGUGCGGUUGGGGCCAUGCCAGCUCACGCAGACCUGGUUGGAACUCCUUUUACGUCCUCGUAUAUACCGCAUGCCCUACUUCAUUUUACCGACCACAUGAACCUAUGGGAGCGAUUGGUCAACUUUGUCUUUGUGACUUUUUCUUAUAGCCUCCAUAACUUUUUCGUAUUGCCCCAACAGAAAACCCUUUACCGUAAAUAUUUUCCUAAAAAUGAACUGGACUUCUACGAGAUGCGCAGGAAUACAGAUCUAGUUCUCGUCAACGAGCAUGCAUCCCUUCUUUAUCCCAGACCAUUUGCCCCGAACAUGAUCCCAGUGGGUGGAAUGCACAUCAAUCGCCAACCACCACAACCACUGCCCGAGAAUAUUCGUCAGUUUAUUGAAGAAGCCGAGCAUGGAGUGAUUUAUUGCUCACUGGGCUCCAAUGUUAAAAGUAAAACUCUGCCAUUGGAAAAGCGUCAAGCCUUUUUGGAAACUUUUAGCAAACUAAAGCAGCGAAUUUUGUGGAAGUUUGAAGAUUCUGAUCUGCCUGGAAGACCGGAUAACGUUUUUAUAUCUGACUGGUUCCCGCAGGACGACAUUCUGGCUAAUGAUAAGGUUAUUGCCUUCAUCACCCAUGGAGGUCGGCUGAGCAUUAUGGAGUCCAUUUACCAUGGCAAGCCGGUAGUGGGAAUUCCAUUGUUUGGUGACCAAUUCAUGAUUAUAGCGAAAGUGGAGAAAAGUGGCAUGGGAAUCACACUUAAGUACGAGGAUCUAAAAGGUGACAACCUUCUGGCUGCCACUAAGCGUCUCCUCCAGGAUCCAAAGUUCGCUCGGAAUGUCCGCGAUAUGUCCGAGAAGUUUCAGGAUCAGCCGGAAACUCCUCUGGAGCGUGCUGUCUGGUGGGUGGAACACGUCACCCGGCACAAGGGAGCCAAAUACCUUAAGAGUGCCGCACAGGAACUCAACUUUUUCCAGUACCACAGCCUGGAUAUUUUGCUAAUUCUCUUCAGUGGACUUUUUGUCAUU